GUGGGAAAGCUUCAAAGGGUCCCGCCCCCACACCGGUGCCCCACCUCCUAGCAGAAUGGAGCGGAAAUCCUGAAGGCUGCGGUAAACGGAGUUCAAUUACAAUGGGGAAUGUUUUUGAAAAACUGUUUAACAGUCUGUUUGGGAAAAAGGAGAUGCGGAUUCUUAUGUUGGGUUUGGAUGGAGUAGGAAAAACCACCAUGUUGUAUAAAUUGAAGCUGGGAAAGACUGUGAAUACAGUCCCUACAACAGGAUUCAAUGUGGAGACGGUGGAAUAUAACAAUAUGAGCCUCACAAUCUGGGAUGUCAAUAGCCAUUGUAAAGUCAGACCUAUGUGGAGACAUUAUUUCAAGAACACCCAAGGUGUGAUUUUUGUGGUCGAUAGUAAUGACAGAGAGCGUAUCAGUGAGGCCCAAGAAGAACUAACCAGAUUGUUAAUGGAAUAUGAGCUCAUAGAUGCAGUUUUUUUGGUGUUUGCAAAUAAACAGGAUGUUCCCAAUGCUAUGAGCACAGCAGAGAUAACAGACAAACUUGGCUUACAUUCACCCCGCUGUAGAAAUUGGUACAUUCAGGCUACUUGUGCCACCAGUGGAGAUGGGCUUUACGAAGGCCUGUACUGGCUGACCAGCCAGCUCAGAAACCGGAAGUGACUGGAAGCAGUUCGUUCCCUGUGCAUCAUGGCAAAAUCAGCUGGCCUCUUCUGUGCUUGUAUGUCUGCAAGGAGCAAAUGUGGAUGUCUGGCUGGGAGGGGAGGCAGCUUUCGCACACAGUGCCUUUUACAUGCUGUAAGAAAACCGGUCUUAUAUUUUAAGAAAAAUCAGUGUUAUAUUUUGUACACUACCUCCCAUUGGAUGAUCAUUUC